UCACUUUCAGAGCUCCAAGGCGGGGUUACCACUCGGCAGCAUGGACUAGAGAGGGAACUGCCGCAGCAUUAGCCAUGCAGCCACCUAGCCAGCUGUUCUCCAUAUGAAAAACAGCCCUGCAACAGUGUUUUUCCAAAAAUAACCAUGUAUUCCCCAUACUGCCUGACCCAGGAUGAAUUCCACCCUUUCAUCGAAGCUCUCCUCCCUCAUGUGCGUGCCUUCUCCUACACAUGGUUCAACCUGCAAGCUCGGAAGCGAAAGUACUUCAAGAAGCACGAGAAGCGGAUGUCCAAGGACGAGGAGCGCGCCGUGAAGGACGAGCUGUUGGGGGAAAAACCGGAGAUCAAGCAGAAAUGGGCAUCGCGGUUACUGGCCAAACUCCGCAAAGACAUCCGUCCCGAGUUCCGGGAGGAUUUUGUCCUGACCAUCACCGGUAAGAAAGCCCCCUGCUGCGUCCUCUCCAACCCGGACCAGAAGGGCAAAAUCCGCAGGAUUGACUGCCUGAGGCAGGCCGACAAGGUUUGGAGACUGGAUCUUGUAAUGGUCAUCUUAUUCAAAGGGAUCCCGCUCGAAAGUACUGACGGGGAGCGGUUGUACAAAUCGCCACAGUGCUCCAACCCCGGCCUCUGCGUCCAGCCGCACCACAUUGGAGUCACAAUUAAAGAACUGGAUCUUUACUUGGCGUAUUUUGUUCACACUCCUGAAUCCGGACAAUCAGACAGUUCAAACCAGCAAGGAGAUGUGGACAUCAAACCACUGCCCAACGGGCAUUUGACUUUCCAGGACUGUUUUGUGACGUCGGGCGUCUGGAACGUGACGGAGCUGGUCCGAGUGUCCCAGACUCCUGUGGCCACGGCGUCGGGUCCCAACUUCUCCCUGGCGGAUCUGGAGAGCCCCAGUUACUACAACAUCAACCAGGUGACCCUGGGCCGGCGGUCCAUAACGUCACCUCCUUCCACCAGCUCCACCAAGCGCCCCAAGUCGCUGGAUGACAGCGAGAUGGAGAGCCCCGUGGACGAGGUCUUCUACCCCGGGACGGGGCGCUCGCCCGCCGCCGGCAGCAGCCAGUCCAGCGGCUGGCCCAACGACGUGGACGCAGGACCGGCUUCCCUAAAGAAGUCAGGGAAGCUGGAUUUCUGCAGCGCCCUCUCCACCCACACCACCUCCCCAAGAAUGGCUUUCAGCCACCACCCGCUGCCGGUCCUUGCAGGAGUCAGACCAGGAAGCCCCCGGGCAACAGCCUCGGCCCUGCACUUCCCGUCGACCUCCAUCAUCCAGCAGUCCAGCCCCUACUUCACCCACCCGACCAUCCGCUACCACCAUCACCACGGCCAGGACUCGCUCAAGGAGUUCGUGCAGUUCGUCUGCUCCGACGGGUCGGGCCAGGGCACCGGGCAGCCUAACGCUAGCGGCCAGGGCAAAGUCACGGGCUCAUUUUUGCUGCCGCCGCCCCCACCUGUGGCCAGACCUGUGCCCCUUCCAAUGCCUGACACAAAAUCCACCAGCACUAACCCAGAGGGCGGAGCGCCGACACCUACAUCACCCUCAUUCGCAGCGCCAGGCUCCUCCACUGCCAACCGGUUUGUCGGCAUCGGACCCCGGGACGGCAACUUUCUAAACAUCCCCCAGCAGUCUCAGUCUUGGUUCCUCUGAUGGGAUCUUCAAGAAAGAGACGAGAAAUCUCUCCCUAAAGCCCCCCAUGGAAGCGUCCGUCCUUCGCCCUGGAUCUUCACUGAGCUGCUCCUGUCGAGACCCAGAGGGGGUGCCCAGCUCCCGCUACCGAUGAGAAAAGUCCACCCCCCCCGUCCCAGCCC